AUGCGUUCGGCUUUGAUGAUGAGCCUCGGCGCCCAGCUCGCCUUGGGCUACUUCACGAACUCCUCGGAGCCUCUGCAAAACAAACUCGAUGUUCACCCGCUGCUUAUUGGCGACUUCAGGCUUUUUGGAUGUGUGGCAUCCACGGCUGGCUUUCCCAACUUCAAGAAGGUUGCUUCUACGAAUCUCAUGAACCUGGACUUUUGUGCAGCUAGCUGCCCUGGCAAGUUCUUUGGCACUUCCAACAGAGAUUGUUAUUGUGGAGAUGAGCUUGAUUUUGAAACUGCAGGCAAGAUUGACGAGGAUCUGUGCAACACUCCUUGUCCGGGAGACAAGCAUCAGACCUGCGGUGGUCUCGACGCUGCUCGUCGCCUAGCUCUAGAGAAACAGGAACCUCGGUCUGUUGUCUUGAGUUUAUACGUCAGAAUUCAUGAUGAGGAGCACCAUGAUGACCACGAGUAUGAACACGACGACCACGAGUACAAGCACGACGACCAUGAAUAUCACCACAACGAGACUGAGUACCAUCACGACGAUCAUGAGUAUCACAACGACGGCCAUCAGUGGAACAAUACUUAUGGAACUAAGCCCACUCGCCCUCACCAUACCUUCACAAGCACCAUCACGAGCACCAGGACUAGCACCAUCACAUCUUGCCCGUCUUGGGUCGAGCACUGCCCCGUCGGCCACAAGACUACGGAAGUUGUGACUGUCACCACUGAGCUCUGCCCCAAGCCCGAAUGGCACAAGAAGAAGAUUGUAUGCUACGGCGGCCACUGUGCCCCCGAGGAACCCUGCCGUGAAGAGCACUGCGAGCACCACCGCGUCAUCUGCAACGGGGAUGACUGCUAUCCCGAGGUCUGCACCGACAAGGAUGAGUGGCAUAAGCUGGUCAUCUGCGAUGGCAAGGAUUGCCGCUACCACCAGUGCUCCGGCGAGGAGUGCAACUCCAAGAUUGUCUGCUACGACGGCAAGUGUGCCAAGGAGACAUGCUACGGCGAGGAAUGCCACAAGAAGUUCGUCUGCAAGGACUUCGAGUGCGGCCACGAGCACUGCAACGGGGAUAAUUGCCACAAGUAUGAAGUCUGCAAUGGAUCCGGCGCGGACUGCAAACCUUGCCCCCCUUGCAACGGCGCAGGCUGCCCUGUUCCUCCUCCUCCUGCGCCCAGACCUCAGCCUCCUGCUCCCACGCAUGACCAUCCCAGCCCGCCUAACCCUCCUGUUCACCCUACCACUGGUCACGGCUGGCCUCACCCGACCCAGCCUCCCGUUGUUGCCGGCUCGACAAAGCUGGGCGCUACAGUUUUAACUGUCUUGCUGAGCUUCAUCUUCUUCCUGUAA